AUGGCUACACGAUCCAAAAGACAUUCUGCAUGCAAUUUUAAAACAGACAAAUCAUGGCUCGAUCUUAAAAUUGAUCUGAAUGGAAAAAUUGUAAUGCCUCAAGAACUCGAAAAAGAUAUGGCAGAGCCUCUGGAAAGUGUUGAUAGUAAAAUAUUAGAUCGUGUUCAUGGUUCGAUGAUUGGAAUGGCUUUAGGCGAUGCCCUAGGUGCUCAUGUCGAAUUUCGAUCUAAUCAAUAUCUGCGUAAAAAUCCAGUAACGGAUCUUAAGGGGGGUGGUACAUGGGGCCUCAAUAAAGGAGAGGCAUUUGCGAAAGAACACAAUAUUCCUUUCAAGGAUUUGGAUUAUCUUUCAGAUUCUGAACUUUUGAAUAAGUUCGAUGUGAAGUGCAGUGAAGAAGGUGUAGCUGGAAAUGGAGCACUAAUGCGACUCGCUCCUGUGCCACUGUUCUUUUAUCAAAAUCCUACUAAAGCUAUCGAGUAUUCGGGACAUAGUGGGCUUAUUACUCAUGGCGAUUGCAAAGCCUAUGAUGCUUGUCGCUACUAUGGUGCUCUGAUUGUCAGUGCUCUUCGUGGUGAAACUAAAAAAGAUCUACUUGACGAAAACUUUUACUCAAAACACGAGAAAUGGUUUAAUAAUAAACCCCUCGACCCGGCUAUUCUAGAAGUUGUAAAUGGAUCUUAUAAGAAAGAUGGAUAUAAAAAAGGCAUUCGAGGUCGUGGUUACAUUGUAGAUACUCUUCAAGCUGCUCUAUGGGCAUUUUGGUCCGAUCAUGACAGUUUUGAAGAAGGUGUUCUUGCUGUUGUGAAUCUGGGUGAUGAUACUGAUACAACAGCAGCCAUUUAUGGGCAAUUAGCUGGUGCCUACUACGGUUAUAAUAAGUUACCUAAAAGGUGGACAGACGAAAUGUAUGCCAAAGCAUUUAUUUUAAAUUUGAGCAAAUGGAUCGUUUAUGAAGGAUCGAAAUGGGAAUCAGAAGAGCGGACCACGUCACCUACAUCUGCUUCGAUUGCCAAAUUAUCGUCGGACGAUAGGAAUCAGUUGACUUUUCCACAGACGAGAAGUUCAAGUGCGCAACCACCACCAAGAAGAAAUCGACAGUAUGAAACGAAUGCGCCAACAGAAAAACAAGAUGCAGAACCAGAUUCACCUUCAAAGUUUGAACAAUUGAAUAGUCUUAGUGUAGAUUAUAGACCACAACAAAAUAAUUUUCUCAAUCCAAAUUUACCUGUGAGAUCCGCUUCUCAUAGACGAUCUACAUCGUCUAACCCCAAACCAUUACAAGAUGACGAUCUUACAUCAUCACCUACACGUAAGAGCUCUAAAUUUUUUACUAACAAUAGCGAAUGA